AUGAGCAUAACACCAAGCUUAAUAAAAAGUGGUUUUUCUAAAGUAGAUAUAUUUGGAAGUUAGGUAUAGCUUUCUUUCAAUAAGCAUAGCAAAUAUUAAUCUGCAAUAGGAGGAAUUUUAAGUAUUUUCUUAGCAGUAGGAUUAGCUGUCUUCUUUUGGACUAAUCAAGUGUAAAUUAGCAAUUUGAAACAGACAAAAAAAAUAUGGAUUUAUGAAAUAUUAAAAAUAGCUGAAGUUAAAGUGGUCAAUCAGAGAACUUUUGAUGCUGAUCCAUCAAAUAUUUAUUUGACUAAUAGAAAUUUUAUGUUUGCUAUUAGAUUUAAUUAAGACAAUUUCCUUUAAAACCCUUACUUCAAUAUUUCUCUUAGCUAGGGUAUGAUGUUGACAGAUGAAAAUGUUUAAAAAUUACAAAGUAUAAUAGGAAAUUGGAGCCAUGCACAAAAGAACAUUUCAUCAAUUUACCUUCUUAUGGAGCAAAUUGGACUAAAAUAUUUGAAUAGAAUGCUUUAAAAGACUUUCUUUGCUUAACAUAAGAUUCAACAAAGCAAUCAAUAACUCUCAACAUAUAAAUAUCUUUAAAUAUAUAAACAAAUAAUUAUUUUAUAUUUAUAUAAAAAUGCUAUUUUAACUUAUGCUUAUUUAAAUAGAAGUGAUGAGACUUUUUAAAUCGGAGGAGAUUAUACUGCCAGCAGUUUUUAUUAUUUACAAUUUUCUGUCUCAGAUUGUUCUAAUUCUACAGGGCCUGAUUAGUUAUGGAGACCUGUUUGCAAGUCUAAAUAGGAUAUUCAAUAAUACCUUCAAAAUAAUAUAUACAGUACUAUAAAUCUCUACUUUCCUACAGUAAUGGUCAAUCCUGAUGAACCAAACGACGAUGAAAGUAUUAUCACUUAUUUAAAUACUGAUACCUUCUUUUAUUUAUAACCUACAAAGAUGUAUAAGACAGCUGAUAUAUUUUUUACUGAUUAUGAAAUCACAACUGAUGAUAGUCUUCUACCAACAAAAUAAAUAUCAACAAAGCAUUUUCCUCUUUACGAAACAAAAGAUUUUAGAGAGUAAGCUCUGUUGGGUACCAACGGUAAUUAUGCUGAUUUCUUCAUUAGAAGAAGCUAUUUUUCAGUGAAAAUAAAUAGAAGCUUUACUAAAUUUGAUGAGAUUAUUGCUUAUAUUGGAGGGUUCGUAGAAGCAUUUUUAAUAUUUUUAUCUAUUUUUGUUCACAGUUACAACGAGUGCUUAUUUACAGUGGCAUUAGCAAACAAAUUGUACGACUUUGAUAUUGAUCCUUAAAAUAAUAGCUAUUUUGGGCCUACUCAUUCACAAACCCCAAGGAGUAAAAGAAGUAGAAGUUCAUUCUAGAAUUAAAAUGACUAAUUUUAGAAUAGCAAUUAAAAAAAUUAGUUUGGUAGGUAAUCAAUUAGUUAAAAUCAACCAUAGACUUAAAAUAUUCCACUGAAAAGUAUUUAAUUUUUUGGGGCUCCUUAAAAGAAAAAAAGCAAUUUACAUAUUUAAAUAAACGAUUAAAACGAAUAAUUUGAGAAUUAAGCUCUAGAAGAUUUGAACAAUCACGAACUAAAUAAUUCAAAAAAUAUGGAAAUUGAUAAUUUAGAUGACUCAGAUGUUAUUUACAGAAAGAAGUUAUAUAAUGCAUGUAUCCGAAAAAUGAAUCAAAGAUAAAUUAGUUAAAGUAGUUUAUACAAUUUAAAGAAAAAGAAAAAAAAUUAAAGGUCAAAAAGCACAAUUAUUUAACAGAAAAGUACUCAUUAGGAUAACACAUCAGAAUCAUUUAGUAUUUAAAAUGAUGAUAAUAUUUUAUAAGAUGAAAUUAAAUAAGAUAAAAGCUCAAAAAGUUACAUUCCAGAUAAAUUGAAACACAUUUAGCUUAAAAAAAGAAUAAGAAGAGCAAACCCUAGUAUUUCUAAGAAGAACUCUAACUUAAAUCAACUUACUUUUAACAGUCUAAAUUCUAUACAAAAGAGCGAAAUUUCUCAUUAAUCAUAUGAGAGAAACAAUACUUUAGUCCCAUCAAUAUUUAGCCCUCUAUCUUCAACAUAAAAUUAAAAUUUUACAUCUGAAAAGAAGCUAUUCACUUCAAGUAAAUUUAGUUUAUUCUCUCCUUCUUAGAUGGGAUUACUAAAUUUAAAAAGCACUUAAUCGAAUCCUGAUGCAAAUAGUGAAUAUAAUAAAAUAGGAUAAAAAGAAGCUGUUGGAAUUCAAGAUAUUAAAUUAAAUAUUAAACCUGAAUCUUAGUCUCAAAAAAAAUAUUUCAAAGCUGUUAAGCCUUAAAAUGUAUAAAUCUUAGAAUAAAAUUCAAAUAAGGAAAGCAAAAAUUUAGAAGAUUUUGAUAAAAAAAAGUAAGCGCUUAGUAGAGUCUUAAACUUAAAAAGAAGUUUUAAAAAACUUUAAUAUUUAAAGGGGGAAUUUAAAUCUUUGUUAAGUAAGUCUUAAAGCUAAAUAAAAGUCACUAUAUCAUACUUUCUCUUUAAGCUCUCAUGCAAGUAAUACUUUAGGUCCAAAAAUAAUUUGCUGAUUGAAAAAUCUAAAGAACUUUUAGAAGAAGAACUUGAUGUUUAUGUAAUACUUGAAAAACUUAAAGAAGUUAACAAGCUAAAAGAAUUAUUUUUGGAUAAAGAACAACAGAUAUUAUUUAACUUCUUUCCCAAGCCUUUCUUAAAAGUAGAUUAAGUUGAAGAAUUUUAAUUGUCUAAAGAUAAUCUUAUCGGCUUGCAUGCAAACACUCCAAAAGAUAAUAGACUUAAUAUUUAUGAUGAAUCAAAAAGAGCUGGAGUACUCUCUCCUAAUAACCCUAAAAACUUAAAAACUAUUGGUAUAUUUGCUCAAGCUAUUUCUAAAAUGAAAAAAGGUAUUAAACCAAAAUCUCAUGUACCUUCCUCUAUAGACGCUUAUAAGAGACUUUAUGAAUGUUAUGUGGUUUGCAAUUAAGAUAAAAACAAAAUAAACGAGAAAUUGAUUAAUAUGCUUGGAAAUGAGGUGAACUAAAUCUUCUAAAAGUCUCAAUAAAUAUAAGAUGACUAUGAUAGAAGUGUGCAAAAUUCUGCUAAAAGUUCUCAAAACAAAUAGCACUUUACAUUUAAAGAAGUGCAAAUAGAAUAAAAUGGAUUGAAAGAAGAAGAACCAGAAAAUAUGCAAAAAAAGUCUUGUGAACUUAAUGAUAAUAUUAUUGAAUAGGAAAACUUUUAAAAGAGAGAUGAAAAUCAAAAUUAUCAAUUUAUUACUGUUAGCUAAAGUGAUGAAGUAAAUUAAAAUCCUAUACACAAUAACUAAGAAUCCAACAAACAAAACAGCUCCUCUGAGAAAGAAAAAGAUGAUUCUAACAUAAAAAAUGAAGUUUUAAAUAGUAGAUAAUCUAACUAUCAUAAUUUAUUUUUAAAAAGUGGAUUUUUAAGAAAUAAAAUUGAAUAAAUAGAUAACAACUAAAAUAUUUUAGGAAGUUCACUCUUCGUUAGUACUAAUAGAAACAGCGAAAUUAUUAUAAAUAGUGCACUCAGAAAAAAAGAUCUAACUAAUAGAGACUCUAAAAAAAAACUUUAAUUUAAAUAAAGUAGUAGUAUCAAAGACUAUUCUGAUGCCGAAGAUAAGGAUAAUUAGAAUAAUUUAAAUGAUGAAAAUGGCGAAUAAUACUAAUAGAUCAUUACAUUAAAAACUGAUUAUUGUGAUGAAGAUGAAGAGGAAGGCAAUAUUUUUAAACCUGCUAAUUCAAGAUGUGAAAUAAUAGACACAUAAUAAGAUAUUGUUAACACAGAGAAUGAUAAUUGUUUAGCUCCAAGAAAUAAAAGCUUUAGCAAUAUUUAGAAUCAAAAUAGCAAAUUCUAAUUUAGCUAAGAUCACAACUUACAAUUGAAUUACAAUAAUUUUAAUUAAUAAAAUACUAGAAAAACAUCUAUUGGUUUAAUGCUUAGUCAUCAAAAUUCUAGUCCUUUCGCCAAUCUUCUAGGUAGCAAUAGAAGUAUAUCAGAAAUAGACCCAUAACCAAAUUUAAAUUUGGAUGAAUAAUACUCCAAGCCUUCUGAAAAAAUAAUUGAACCAUCAUAAGCUAUAAAAAAGUCCAAAAAUACCUAUUCCAUCUUCAAUAAAAGCUCUAGAAUAAACUUUUAAUAAUAAUCAAACUAUUAUUUAGAAAAAUUAAAAUAAGGAGAUGAUAACCAAGAUAAAAUAGAUCAUUAAAUAAAUUCUUCAUAAAACAACAAUAACAAUAACAGUAAUCAUUAAUCUUGA